AUGAAUUUAUACAGCACUAGGGUUAAAGCCCCUAACACGAAUCUUGUGGAGGGUCGGCAGUUUUAUGACUUGGCUGGCUUAAAUCCCAAUCUGGGAGGGCCAGGCGAUGAUGUACUGUUGUACCCAACACAACACAACAGGAUAAGUACAGAACCGGAAAAGAAGAGCAGUAAUUGUGGCAGCGUUGUGUCGUGUAGUAGGAAAACGUUCAUCGGGACACUGAACGUUCGUACUGUUAGGGAACAGUAUAAGAGGAUAGAGUUAGCAUCGCUCUUCCUUGAGAGUAGAGUUGCAGUUUUAGGGGUACAAGAGCACCGGAUUGUGCAUGAGGAGGAGAUCAAGAUCCAGAGUUUUGAGAAGGGUGUGCACCUGGUGACCACACCUGCUUGGAGAAACACCCGACAAGCUGCUACUGGUGGAGUUGGGUUUAUGCUGACCAAGCAGGCCUACAAAGCAGUGAGUCUCAUGAAAUCGUUUGGGAAGCGAAUUUUUCUCAUAUCCUUUGAUGGAAACCCACGGCUUACAGUAAUAACGGUGUACAGUCCCACUGAAGCAGCAUCAAAUGAAGAGGCAGAGGACUUUCACGAGGGACUAAGAUCUGCAUUAGGAGAGGUGCCAGCCCAUCAUCUGCUAAUGGUUGUUGGUGAUCUUAACGCCCAUCUUAGCAGAUUGAAUGAGGAGGAUUCAGGUUGGUACUGGCAUCGAGUAUCCAACAGAAACGGAUCGCUUCUCAGGGAUACUUUGUUGGAGGGAAACCUUGAGGCAACUAACCACCGAUUCCAGAAACGUCCCAGUAAACUAUGGACGUAUCUCUCUGACGGAACACUGAGCAAGAGUCAGAUUGAUUACAUCCUGAUAAGGAAGAAGUGGCGUAACUCAGUCAAGGACACUGUUGUCUCCAAUUCUUUUAACUCUCUUGGGUCGGACCACCGUCUAGUAGUUAGUUCAGUCAAACUCAGCCUGCGAAAGUGCCAGAAUGCACCUAGAGUAGUAAGAUAUGACUACAGACUGCUCAAAGAGAAUAAGGAGUUGCAAGCCUUGUAUUCUGUGGAGGUGAAAAACAGAUUCUCUAUGCUACUGGAGGAAGAAUCUAGUGAGCAGAACGAUCCCACGAUUCAGUACGGAAAGCUUAUGGAUGCCGUGAAAGCAACCAAUCAUAAGUUGCUUAAGCCCAUCCCAAGAAGACAACGUAACAACCCCUCCCAAGAUCCUAGGGUAUCGGAGAGGAGGAGAACUCUGUUUCAGGCCAAAGACGCAUAUCAUGAGAAUCCUACAGAGGAGAGUAGAGAGGUAGUUAAGGAGUGUAAGGAUGCACUUGCAGUGAGCUACAAAGAGGUUGAGGAGGAGACUCUUGUUUCUCGGAUCAGGCGGGCUGAGGAUGCUGCUGACCGGUGCAAGAAUAAGGAAAGUUGGGACCUUAUUAAUGACAUAAAUGGCAGGAAAAGCAAGCCAUGCAGCCUGGUUGAUGGAGGUAGUGCAGAGGGGAGAUUGAAGAGCUGGAAGGACCACUUCACUAAGCUCCUGGGUCAACCACCAUCUGUACCUGACCAGGAAAUAGUUAUCCAAACCAUCCACCCCCAGCAGGAUAUAGAGACUGGUCUGUUUUGCAGGGAGGAGUUAGCGGAGGCGAGGAAGCAGAUCAAGGAGGGUAAGGCCUAUGGUGAUGAUGGCAUAGCUCCAGAGAUUCUCAAAAGAGUGGACAUGGACGACCUGAUUCUAGAGUUCUGUAACAGCGCUCUGGUUGAUGGAAAAAUCCCUGAUCAAUGGCGGCAACUCAACAUCGUGCCUGUGCCAAAGAAAGGAAAUCUAACUAAAGUGGAUAACUACAGAGGAAUCGCUCUUACGUCCAUUGUUAGUAAGACCCUGAAUCGUAUGAUCCUUAACAGAAUCAGACCAGCGAUGGAGAAAAUCCUGAGGAUCAACCAAAACGGAUUUCGGGAGGGACGCAGUACCACCAGCCACAUUCUGUGUCUAAGGAGGAUCUUGGAGGGGGCUAGAGACAAAAACCUGACCGCCCUUCUCUUGUUCAUCGAUUUUAAGAAGGCCUUUGAUAGCAUUCAUUGGGGUAUAUUGAUGAAGAUACUCCUGGCAUAUGGGAUACCAGAGCCCAUUGUUAGGCUGAUAGAUGCUAUGUACAAGGACACCAUGGCACGAGUCAUCACGGAGGAUGGUCUGACUGAAGCUUUCCUUAUACUUGCUGGAGUUAUGCAGGGAGAUACACUGGCGCCCUACCUCUUCGUGAUUGUCAUUGACUAUGUGAUGACAACAGCACUUAGAGGCAAUACUUUCAACACUACUAUAUAA